UCAGCAGUUCCGCAAUUUAUCCCUCCGAUUAAUUGAUCCAUGCCAUUGGAGGGUGCACAUCAUACACGACAUGUGUUAAUCUGAGGCCAGCGAGACUGGCACAUUCUCGAUAAGUGAGAGAAAUAUCGGGCCGUUUUAAAGCUGACAUGCCGAUUGUGAGACAAAGUUGAGAUGCAGUGUUAACUGAAGGAAAGUGAAAUGAGAUUUGAGCGAGGAGUUGAUGAAUAUGAGGUGCUAAUGCAGCUGGAACCAUCGCCUCAUCUCAUCCACAUACACACGUACGUAUUUAUCUAAAUACGUAGGCUGAUGCUGCUGCUCCUUUGAGGAGCCCUUUAACAGGUUCUGUUGUUACGAGGGGUCUUGUUGUGUAUGAGCAUCUUGUCAUGAGCAGCAAAGGCCUGGGUGUCCACCACCAAGGGACGACUCCUCCACUUGACCAUUUCAGUUGCUGGCUGCACGAUGAGAGGAAAAUUGCACAUGCAUGGCUAGAAUUAGCGAUGACUACACGAAGCAAUUUCCAGAUGAAGAUUGGUUGAUGGGUGGAGAUGACAUGCAACGUUCCCCUUGUGCCACCUACUACCUAUCGACUCCAUCCACAGCAGAAAGGGGCCAGUGGUCAUAUUCAUGCACACUCAUAAUAUAUAUACGAUCCAAUCCUGCAUUUCCUUUUCAUUCUCCUCCACCAAGCCACGGCUUUUGGUCAAGCUUUGUUACGCGACGAGGUUUAGUCCACACGUCCCAAAUUCAGAGGAAACCUGCCUCCAUCGACGGAGAGCUUGUCCAGCAGCGACAAUUUCACAAAGUUCACUAACCACACAGGCGUCGUGAAUCAGUCGUUCCAAUCCAAUCGAGUGACACAAAGUUUGAUUUGAACCCUUGUCUCAUCGAUUCAGUGGAAGGAGUUGUAGAAAACUACUAGAAAACUAGCUCCCAAAGUGAGACAAGUAUAAUUUCUGGUGAAUCCGCAAAUAGAGAUUGCGAGCCCUCGUCCAUCGUAAGUAAACAGGUUUUAAUGAGACGGGCGACCGUCCGAGCCGGUCGAAUUCCAAGAUUUUGGUGUAUGGAAUUCCCUCAAUCAGCUCUGAGACGCUGUUCGCCUGGGAGGGAGAGAUCGUGGCAGGAGGAGAGCUGCUACUUCCAACCUCGUCUGCACGAGUAACUGGCAAGAGGUGCUCUUGACUCGAAUUAACGGGAGUCCAGGAGGAAAGAAAGUUGGAUCUGGUAUAAAUCUGGCCCACGGACGGCCACCACCGCCUCAGUUUUGGCAAAGCCAUCAAGAUGAACACAACGUUCGCCAACAGCAGCAACUCGGCCUCGUCCUUCCUGGGGACGUACGGUCGGAGUUACUUUGAGAACCCGAACAGCCCCCUGCGAGGGGACGAGUACAAGUGGUUUGUGGAGGUGUCCCCCGUCAACGACCCCUCCUACCUCACCGUCUACACCUGGGAACACUUUGAGCUCACGCGAUGGAGGCUCUGGAUGGGGCGCAACUGGGCCUGGAGCCUCUACGCCUCCGCCAUCUACGUCCUCGCCAUUUUCAGUGUACAAAGACUCAUGAAGAAUCGACAGCCCUUCCAGCUCAGGGGGGCCCUCACCUGCUGGAACCUCAUGCUCGCCGCCUUCUCCAUCAUGGGCUUCCUCAGAACCGCCCCAGAACUCUUCCACGUCCUCAAAAAUGAGUCCGGCUUCUACAAGUCCAUCUGUGUCAGAGAGGAGCACAAUGCAGCAACAGCAUUUUGGGGAUGGUUGAUGGCCCUGUCAAAGAUGGUCGAGUUGGGAGACACCGCCUUCAUCGUACUCAGAAAACAGCCGCUUAUCUUUCUGCAUUGGUAUCAUCAUAUCACCGUCCUCGCCUACACGUGGUACACUUACGAAGCUUAUGAACCGCCGCUGAGAUACUUCAUGACCAUGAACAUGUUCGUACAUGCCUUGAUGUAUUCCUACUACGCCUUGAAGUCGCUGAAGGUGCAAAUUCCUCGGAAUUGGGCUAUGAUGAUAACUUUCCUUCAAAUUAGCCAAAUGGUCGUCGGGGUCACGAUCAACAUUUACUCGUUGUAUGUCAAAGCCAUGAAUGUGCCAUGUACUCUGGGCUGGGAGAACAUGAACAUUGCCCUCACGAUGUACGCCUCCUACUUCGUCCUAUUCGCCAACUUCUUCCACAGGUCCUACAUGAAGGCAAAGCUGGCUUAACGUGACAACGUCGUCCCAAACUCUGCAGCACGGAGAUGCCCCCUUCCUCCUCGCCUCCACUCAUCAACCUACAGAGUUCUUCACGCCUUCUAAUUACCUAGAUUUACUUAAUUACUUCUUAAUUGUGAUGUUUGAUUGUUGCUCGAAUCUUACGACGAUAUGUUCCCCUUUGUAUUCCCCUCGAUAUCCCCCCACGAGUUCUUGUGCCGAAUGAUGUUGAAGUGUACAAUAUUGGGAUGCGACUGAGGAGGACAA